AUCACCAGCUGUGUAGUGGCUGACCUAGGCGUAUAGACGGCGUCUUUGUCACUCUAAGCAGCUUGGCUGGUGACUUAGCCUCGCCUUUUCUGGUUCAGCUGGGCUGGCCCCGUGGAAGUGGAUAUCUUUAGCCUCCUCCUGCGUCGGAAUCAAAACUAGCCCAGAACCUCUAGAUCCAGCUACCAAUUUACAGAGAACACAGACGACGGAGAAAGGUGUUAAAGGACAUCGCAGGAUGCAGGCAGCAGAAUCUAGGUUGUGAGAAACCACAGGACAAACGAUAUUGUUUAUUCAAAUAAAUAGCAAGGAAAGGGAGAAAGGGAACCUAUAGAUUCAAAACGAUUUAAGAGACAUAAUGCAUGGCACUUUGUGGAUUUUAUUCGAAUCCUAAUUCAAACAAGCACAUUGGGGGAAAGGCCUUGGUAACCAAGCUACUUUCUGUAUGAAUUUGAUUACUUCAGGAAUCUCAGAUUAUAUCUGGGUGUUGGCACCCAGCCAUUCCUCUGCCAAUGAAGUACAUUCUGGUCACUGGUGGGGUCAUUUCAGGCAUUGGGAAAGGGAUCAUUGCGAGCAGCAUUGGGACGAUUCUGAAGUCAUGUGGACUCCGAGUUACUGCCAUCAAAAUCGACCCCUAUAUCAACAUCGAUGCGGGCACUUUUUCACCUUAUGAGCAUGGUGAGGUGUUUGUCUUAAAUGAUGGUGGAGAAGUUGAUUUAGACCUUGGAAAUUAUGAAAGGUUCUUGGAUAUUAAUCUUUAUAAAGACAACAACAUCACCACUGGGAAGAUAUAUCAGCAUGUGAUUAAUAAAGAGAGGCGUGGUGACUUCCUGGGGAAAACCGUACAAGUUGUCCCUCACAUUACCGAUGCUGUCCAGGAGUGGGUUAUGAAUCAAGCCAUGGUGCCCGUGGAUGGGCAUAAGGAAGAGCCCCAGAUAUGCGUUAUUGAGCUGGGCGGCACCAUCGGAGACAUUGAAGGAAUGCCAUUUGUGGAAGCGUUCAGACAAUUCCAGUUUAAAGCAAAAAAAGACAAUUUCUGUAACAUCCAUGUUAGCCUUGUCCCACAGCCCAGUGCUACCGGAGAGCAGAAAACCAAACCCACACAAAAUAGUGUCCGUGCGCUGAGGGGCUUAGGCCUGUCUCCUGAUCUGAUUGUCUGCCGAAGUUCAACGCCCAUCGAAAUGGCUGUGAAGGAAAAGAUUUCUAUGUUUUGUCACGUGAACCCUGAACAGGUCAUAUGUAUCCAUGAUGUUUCUUCCACGUACCGAGUGCCUGUGCUUUUGGAGGAACAAGGCAUUGUUAAAUAUUUUAAAGAGAGAUUGGAUUUGCCCAUUGGUGAUUCUGCAAAUAAUUUGCUUUUCAAGUGGAGAAAUAUGGCUGACAGGUAUGAAAGAUUACAGAAAACCUGCUCCAUUGCCCUGGUCGGCAAAUACACCAAGCUCAGAGACUGCUACGCCUCUGUGUUCAAAGCCCUGGAACACUCAGCCUUGGCCAUCAACCACAAGUUGAAUCUGAUGUACAUAGACUCCAUCGACCUGGAGCACAGCACCGAAGCUGAGGACCCUGUCAGAUUCCAUGAAGCGUGGCAGAAGCUAUGCAAAGCUGAUGGUGUUCUUGUGCCAGGAGGCUUUGGAAUCAGAGGAACGCUGGGAAAACUCCAGGCGAUUUCUUGGGCAAGGUCGAAGAAGAUUCCUUUUCUGGGAGUUUGCCUUGGGAUGCAACUAGCAGUGAUAGAGUUUGCAAGGAACUGCCUUAACUUGAAAGAUGCUGAUUCCACAGAAUUUGAGCCAAAUGCCAGCUUUCCUGUGGUGAUCGAUAUGCCGGAACACAACCCUGGCAAUAUGGGAGGAACAAUGAGGCUGGGAAUAAGAAGAACUGUUUUCAAAACUGAAAAUUCGAUAUUAAGGAAACUUUAUGGUGAUGUUCCUUUUGUAGAAGAAAGACACAGACAUCGGUAUGAGGUGAACCCUAGCUUGAUCAAGCAGUUUGAGCAGAGUGACUUAAGUUUUGUAGGUCAGGAUGUGGAUGGGGAGAGGAUGGAAAUCAUUGAACUCGCAAAUCACCCCUAUUUUGUUGGUGUCCAAUUCCAUCCUGAGUUUUCUUCUAGGCCGAUGAAGCCUUCCCCUCCAUACUUGGGACUAUUACUUGCAGCAACUGGGAACCUGAAUGCCUUCCUGCAACAAGGAUGCAAACUGUCCUCCAGGGGCUCUUUGAGAAGGAAUGAUAGAUACAGCGAUGCCAGUGAUGACAGCUUUUCAGAGCCGAGGAUAGCUGAGUUGGAAAUAAGCUGAAACUAAUCCAUGACGGAAUGAAAGGGACUGCCUGAGAUGGCUCUGAAGUAAUUGAAGCCAAGAUGAAGGAACUAUCUGAAGAAAGCACCACAUUCAUAAAGAAUCCCUCUGUUCUCCACCAAACAUGGGAUGUAAAGCCGCAAAGAGAAUUAAUGAUAUGUCCUUUCACGAAGCAGAACCACAGGGGUAUUUCCAUUUUCCUCCAGAGGCAGCCUUUGGUUCUCACAAAUUUCUGUAGCUGAUUAAACCUCUGCCAACAACCUCACUGGGGAGAAAGUGUGUUCGUUCAUGUUUUGUGUGGUAUAGCGUGAUGCCUAGGUGGUGAGCAAGGAUCCUGGUAACUGAGCCUUCAUCGUGCUGUAUGGGAAGGGUGGCAGGGCACAUGCGAUAACUAAUUUUGAGUCAAAAAUGAGUCAUUCUGUUAUCUGGAACUUAACCACAGAUUUGGGUGUGGCCCAAGCUUAUUUGAAUUUCUCACCCUCUUUAUUUCUAGUUAAAAGGAAAUUUAAACAGGUCCAAGACUAGGGGUGGCAAGUAAGGCUCUCGCUCAGGCACAGAAUUGAAGGGGGCAUAAAAACAACAACAACAACUAAAAACCUCAGGAAUCAAGAUCAGUAAUAUAUAUAUUUUUUAAUUGAGGUGAAAUUCACAUAACAGAAUUAACCAUUUUAAAGUGAACAAUCCAGUGGCAUUUGGUACAUUCACAAUGUUGUGCAACCCCACCUUUGUCUAUUUUUGAAACAUCUCCGAGAUUCCAAAAUAAAUCCCCAUAUCCAUUAUCGGUCACUCCCCAUUCCUACCUCCCAGCGCCUGGCAACUGCUAAUUUCCUUUCUGUUUCUAUGAUUUGCCUAUUCUGGAUAUUUCAUAUAAGUGUAAUCAUACAAUAUGUGGCUUUAUGUGUCUGGCUUCUUUCAUUUAACAUCAUGGUUUCCAGGGUCAUCCUUAUUGUAGCAUACGUCAGUACUUCAUUCCUUUUUAUGGCUCAAUAAAAUCCCAUUGUGUGUAUCUACCA